UAUUUACAAACUUCUGCGAAGUUUCUUAUAUAAAUGUUUAUUAUGGAGAGAUUAUUAGGUUGAUUAGUUGGAACAUAGCUGAUUUGUUUAGUGUUUAACGAUUAGUGAUGACUCUCGUCUUGUUAAGAGUUCGAUUAAAAUAUGAUGACCGAUACAAAAAAGUCCGUUUAAUAGUUCUGCAUACUUACAUAUUCUUUGUAGUUUGUCGUAUACACUAUGUAUUUUCUUUUAAGUUCCAUUUUUAAACGUCAACUUGUUAUGUGAUCAUUACCUGGAAGAAGGUUUGAACCAUCAUCAUUCAUCACCCACGAAACUCCGUUCAAAACAUAAAAUAUAAUAUGUGAAUUGCAUAUAUGUAACAAACGUCUAUGGAUUGUGGUUCACUAGAAACCUAUAGCAUAAAGCGUUUUUGAUACAUAUAUAUAUUCUUGGAUCUUUUGUAAAAUGGCUUACGAGAAAGAGCUAGCCGCUGCAAAGAAAGCUGUUUCUCUUGCUGCUCGUCUCAGCCAAGGAGUACAGAAGACUCUGUUGCAAUCCGAAGUAUGGACAAAAUCAGACAGAACUCCGGUUACUGCAGCUGAUUUUGGGUCACAAGCUGUUGUUAGUCUUGUAUUAGAGAGGGAGCUUCGACCUGAAACCUUUUCAUUAGUAGCAGAAGAGGAAACAGGAGAGCUGCGGAAGAAGGGAAGUGAGGUGUUUCUAGAAGGUAUUACUAAGCUAGUGAAAAAUACUCUAGCUUCUGAGGAAUCAUACGCAGACUCUCCUCCUCUAUCCACAGAGGAUGUGUUGAACGCUAUAGACUGCGGUAAAUCAGAAGGUGGUUGCAGUGGUUACCACUGGGUUCUUGAUCCUAUAGAUGGAACCAGAGGAUUUGUGAGAGGAGAGCAGUACGCUGUGGGAUUAGCGUUGCUUGUGGAAGGGAAAGUGGUGCUUGGUGUCAUGGCUUGUCCUAAUCUACCUUUGGCUUCUGAGUUUGGUGAAACAGACAUGUCUUCCCAAGAAAAUGUUGGAUGUCUUUUCUUUGCUACAUCUGGUUCAGGGGCCUACGUGCAACCGCUCAAAGGGCAUUCUCCUCCACAGAAGGUAGGAGUGAGUAGCAAUGAGAAUCUCGAAGAAGCGAAGUUCUUAGAAUCAUACCACAAACCAAUUCCCAUCCAUAGUUCCAUUGCCAAGAAGCUUGGGAUCACAGCGUUACCUGUAAGGAUGGAUAGCCAAGCAAAGUAUGCAGCUGUGUCGAGAGGAGACGCAGAGAUAUACUUGCGUUUCACUCUCAGUGGACACCGUGAGACUAUAUGGGACCAUGCUCCUGGUUUCAUCAUCACAACAGAAGCUGGAGGCGUAGUUUGCGAUGCUGCAGGAAAAUCUCUGGACUUCUCGAAAGGAAAAUAUCUUGCUCACGAGACAGGGAUCAUUGUUACCACCAAGAAACUCGAGCCAUGGGUUUUGAUGGCAGUCAGAGAAGCCAUGGAAGAGGAGAGAAAAUUUAUCUCUGAGUCGCACAGCUGAAACUAAUACUCUUUUAUCUGUAUAUGUCUGAACUGGUAACUGGUUGUAUGCUGCUUAGUUCGUUGGAUACGCAAGAUAUGAAAAUAAUUUGUACAAAGGUUGGAUAAUGACACUAAGCAAGAUUCCAUUUGA